AGCAAUAACAACAACAAAUUGAUAAAUCAGCGAAAAUUGCAAAUAUGACACAUGAUUUGUAGUUUCCGAUUGAUAAUUGAAUCAGUGCCAAGACAACAUUUGCUAUUUAAACAACGUUACUAGAAAUAUCGCACUAUCCGCGAGCAGAAUGGGACUAAAUGAGAAAUUCUUCAAAAUCCUGUGCACCUUUGCCACACUUCUUGUCGCCGCCGAUUCCGUCACAAGCGCAGGCAAUGUGGAAUUCAAGACUAGCCUGGGCAGCUUUAGUCAACAGCUCUUUGGCGAAUUGUUCAAGACAAAUAGUCAAAAGAACAUCAUCUAUUCACCAUUUUCCAUACACAGCUGCUUGGCCAUGACACGAAUGGGGGCGGGUGGCGAGACAGCCACUGAAAUGGAUCAGGGGUUAAAAUUCAACGGACAAACACCGGAAAGUGUGGCGGAAAACUAUCACAAUCUCUUGGCAAAAUACGAAGAUGGUAAAAUGUUGAAGAUUGCCAAUAAGAUCUAUGUUAAGCAACACACCGUACUCGAGGAUGUUUUCCAAAAAACACUUGAGGAGAAAUUCUUCUCUAAACCGGAAUAUGUGGACUUUGAGCGUGCCAAUGAAGCUGCUGAUAGCAUUAACAAAUGGGUGGAAUCGAAAACCGACAAUAAAAUCCACAACAUGGUCUCGCCCGCAACAUUGGGCAUUGAUACCUUCCUGGUGUUGGUGAGUGCCAUACACUUUAAGGGCGAGUGGAAAACGAAAUUCGAUGUGGAAUACACAAGCGAUCAAGAUUUUUUCAUUAAUGACAGCGAAAGUGUUAAAGUUCCCAUGAUGGUGACCGAAGAUUAUUUCGAAUAUGCCGAUUUACAAGAUUUGGAUUGUAGCGUUGUCCGCCUGCCCUAUAAAGAUAGCGAUAUUUCGAUGCUAAUUGUAUUGCCCAACUCGAAAACGGGUUUGAGUUCUUUGGAAGAAAAACUGCGAACUGUUUCGCUGAAGUCCCUGAAGCCACGUUUGUCUAAGGAUCAUGUUGAGGUGUUGAUGCCCAAAUUUGAGGCGGAAUUUGAAAUUAAUUUAUCGGAGCCACUGAUGAAAAUGGGCAUGAAACAAAUGUUUGGCCGUGCCGAUUUCACCAAAAUGAAAAAAUCUCCCGAGCCUCUGUACAUCUCAAGUGCUGUUCACAAGGCUUUUAUUUCGGUUACCGAGUAUGGCACUGAAGCCUCUGGAGCAACAAGUAUUGUUGCAAACUCCCGUUCACUGCCCAUUUUCUUCACUGUCAACCAUCCAUUCUACUAUGCCAUAAUUAAUGAAGAUUUUAUACCCAUUUUCCAAGGCACAGUUGUUAAUUUUUAAAAAAAGAUCGUGGUCAUUAUUGUUUAUUAGAAUAUUUGUGAGAAAAGU